CCACUCUAUUUAAGUUCUCAUCCCCUUUCCCUCUGAUUCCUCUCACAAUCUGCCAACAUCUCUCCUUCCCUCUCACGCCGUUGCAGUUACAAAUCCGGCUCCUGCUGCUGUCAAUAUCUCAUCUACCUUCGCCACUGUUUCUGUUCAGAGCCGUCGUCGCUGCAGCUCCUUUUCAUACUCAUUACCAGAAACAUGACAACAACAAUUGCAAAGUUUGCUCACUUACAAAUCCCACUUGAAGAUGUUGUAAAGGCCACCGACAACUUUCAUCAUGAUAACAUCGUCGGACGCGGUGGAUUGGGACAUGUAUACAAAGGACAACUCCAGCGGUCCGGGGAGUUGAUCACGAUUUCUGCGCUGAGGUUAGAUCGCAAGCAUGGUGGAGAAGUCGUCGAGUUCUGGACGGAAGUUUCAAUGCUUUCUGAUCUCAAGCAUCCAAAUAUAGUCUCUAUUGUUGGAUUUUGUGAUGAGAAAGAUGAGAAGAUCAUCGUAACCAUGUAUGAGGCCAAAAACGGAAGUCUCAAGGAGCAUCUAAACAGCGCGAACCUCACAUGGAUGCAAAGAUUGAAGAUAUGUGUAGGCGUGGCUCGUGCGUUGAGUUACCUCCAUUAUGACGAGGGACGUAGCUAUGGUGUUAUACAUCUUAACAUCAACAGCUCAACAAUUUUAUUAGACGAGAACUGGGAACCCAAGUUAUCCGGUUUUAAAGUUUCCAUCAAACAAUCACUUAACCGAAUGGACCAAGUCGUUCUUUCUGAACCUAUUGGCACAAUAGGGUAUUUGGACCCAGAAAUUGGAAAGACGAAAGGUGUGACCUGCAAGUCGGAUAUCUACGCAUUCGGUGUUGUUUUAUUUGAAAUAUUGUGUGGGAGGAGAGCGUAUAUUAAGAACGACGCUAAUAGGUUACUAGCUCGAUUGGUCAUGCAACAUUAUGAAAAGGAAACGUUGCCUAAUAUAAUCCACCCCGAUCUAAAGAAUCAAAUGUCCAGAUACCAAAUAUCUCUAAGUUCACUCAGAAAAUACUCAAAAACGGCAUAUUCUUGCCUAAAGGAAGAGCGAGCACACCGUCCACAUAUGCUCAAUGUUGUUGGUGAACUUGAGAAAGCAUUGGAGAAAACAUUAAAGUUUCAACCACCAGAUGAAAAUUUUGGAAAGAACAUGGAACGGUUGAAAAUUCGGCUUGAUGAUAUAAAGUUAGCAACCCAUAGUUUUUCAGACACGUAUAAAACUGAAUUUAGCAAUCACUAUAUUUGGUACACUACCGAACUCGGCCAUUUUGAUAAAGAAAAACCUUCCUCUGUAGAUGAGAAAAGUAAAAGUAAACAAUCCAAGAGACACGUAUCUAUUAAACGCUUCCUUCCCAGAGAUGAUGACGAGGACGAAGUAGAAUUAUUUUUUACAGCACUUGAAAUGCUUACUAGCAUUAAACAUCACAACAUAGUCACUCUAAUAGGAUUUUGUGUUGAAGAUUUUGAGAUGAUUCUUGUCAUUGAGAAAUUUUCUAAUGGAUUCCUUCGAGAUUAUUUGGGAAAUGUAACAAGGAUGCGAACUUUUACUUGGGAAAAACGUUUAAAAAUCUGUAUUGAUGUCGCACAUGCUUUGGAUUAUCUUCACUCUCAAAUGGAAGACAAAAAAAUGAUAAUACAUGGUAAUAUAGCUAACUUCAAAAUUGGGUUUGAUGAAAACUGGGGAGCAAAGAUUGACGACUUUGAGUGGGCGGUAUUCCUGCCUCCAAAUCAAAAGGACGAAGCUUUUCGUAAACAUAUAUAUUUAGAGUCAGAGUACCACGUGGAUCCAGAAUAUGCGGAGACCGGUAAGCUAAAAAAGGAGUCAGAUGUGUAUAGCUUUGGAGUAGUUUUGUUCGAAAUUCUAUGUGGAAGAAAAGCUAGUGACCCAAUUUACCUUAUGGAGAGUGAGAAAGGGCUCGUCCAUGUUGCAAGACGAAACUUCUACAAUGGAACAAUAGAGGACAUAGUAGAUCCUACACUAAAGGAAGAAACCUGUACACAGAGUUAUAUUCCAAAUAGAGGAGCCAACAAGAAUUCUUUGCACACAUUUUUAAAAGUUGCACACGAGUGUGUGGCAGAGACGCAAGACCAACGCCCAACAAUGAAAGUUGUUCUCAACGAACUUGAGAAAGCAAUGGCCUUUCAAGUAUGUCAGGAGGAGCCACUACAACAGUUGGGUAAGGACCAAGUUGUCAACGAAUCUGAGAAAGCAACAUAUGAAAUUCCUGGAAAACACAUGGAACACUUGAAGAUUCCUCUCACUCAUAUUCUAUCAGCAACCAACAAUUUUUCAGAGACAUACUUAUUUGCAAUUCAAGAUGACGUUAAGUUCUACAGAGCAGAACUGGAGCAUUAUGAUAAAGAAAAUUCUUCAUCAAAGAGACAAAACACUGUAAUUAUAAAAGGCUAUCCUUCUGAUAGACGUCACCAGUACUCUGGAGAAAAACAGUUUGUUAAAGAAAUUGAAAUUCUUAGCAGUGGAGUUAAGCAUCCCAACAUAGUAACUCUGCUUGGAUUUUGUCUUGAAGAUUCUGAGAUGAUCCUUGUCAUUGAUAAUUUUUCUAAUGGAUUUCUUGGUGAUUAUAUGGGAAACCUCAAAGACAAACAUGUUUUGACUUGGGAAAAACGUUUAAAAAUCUGCAUUGAUGUUGCACAUGGGUUACAUUAUAUUCACUCUGAGAUGGAAGACCAAAAGAUGAUAAUAAACCGUGAUAUAUGUAGCUGCACCAUUGGAUUGGAUAAGAACUGGGGGGCAAAAAUUGUUAACUUUGGCGACUCCAUAUUCUUGCCUCCAAAUCAAGAAGACAACGCUCUCUAUCACAAAAGUCGUAUUGGCAGACUGUCCUACAGAGAUCCACAAUAUGAGAAGACUGGUAAGUUAAAAAGAGAAUCAGAUGUUUAUGGUUUCGGAGUAGUCUUGUUUGAAAUUCUAUGUGGGAGAUUAGCCUAUGACCCAAUUUAUCUUAAGGAGAGUGACAAAGGGCUAGCCCCUGUAGCAAGACAAAGAUUCAGCACAGGAACACUAGAAGAGAUGAUAGAUCCUAUAAUAAAGGAAGAAAUUGGUGAAAACAAUUUUGUUCUAAAUAGAGGACCCAACAAGGAUUCUUUGCACACGUUUAUUACAAUUGCACACCAAUGUGUGGCGGAAACUCAAGACCAACGCCCAACAAUGAAAGUCGUAGUCAAUGAACUUGAGAAAGCAUUAUUAUUUCAAAUAAACAACAAGGACAACCCCAAAAUGUUACUUGAAGAGAUAAAACAGGCGACACAAAACUUCAAUAAUCGUAAUUGCAUCGGGGGAGGAGGAUUUGGGAGAGUCUAUAAAGGACACCUUCAAGAUGGUAAUGGACAUAAAACCAUUGUUGCAAAGCGAUUGGAUACGAGGUUUGGUCAAGGGGAACAACAAUUCUUGAGUGAGCUCCAAAUUCUUUUGGAUUAUAAGCAUGAGAAUGUCAUUGGUCUUGUAGGCUAUUGUGAAGAAAUUGAUGAAAAAGUCAUUAUUUAUGAGUAUGCGUCCAAAGGAAGUCUUGAAAAGUAUUUGAAUGAUGCUUCUCUUACGUGGGUGAAACGACUUAAUAUAUGCAUUGACGUUGCAAGCGCGUUAUAUUUCUUACAUGGAGGAGGUGGAAAACAAGCAAAGGUGAUACACAGAGACAUCAAAUCUGCUAACAUAUUACUAAACCAUGAUUGGAAAGCGAAACUUGGUGAUUUUGGGCUUUCUUUAAUAAGUCCAUUAACUCAUGAAACAGAUUAUAUCAUCGAUCAUGCAUGUGGCACACCGGGAUACUUGGACCCAUUUUACAGAAAAUCAAGAAUCCUAACUAUAGAAUCUGAUAUUUAUUCAUUUGGUGUGGUAUUAUUUGAAAUGUUGUGCGGGAGAUCAACAUUUAUAACCCACGAGCAUGAGGGUCACUAUAUAUCAGAUUUCAUUAGAAACAAAUUUGUUGAAGGAAAGCAUGAUGAGGUAGUGUUCGAGAAAAUAAGGGAACAUAUGAAGCCAAAAUCAUUUACUACAUUCCAAAAGAUUGCCUACCGGUGCCUACAUCAUGAAAGAGAAGAACGGCCGACAAAAAACGAAGUUUUAAUGCAACUUAAGAAAGCAUUGGCAUUACAAAACAUGACAUCAACAAUGACCAUGUUCGCUCCCUUACGAAUCCCACUUGAAGAUGUAGUAAAGGCCACCAACAGCUUUCAUGAUGAUUACAUUAUCAAACACGAUGGAAUUGGUAUCACAUAUAAAGGACGACUCUUUUGGUCUGGAAAGGAUAUAAAUAUUGCUGCACGGAGGUUUGAUUGUAAGGACGGGGAAGGAGACCUCAAGUUCUUGAAUGAAGUUUCAGUGCUUUCUGAUUUCAAGCAUACAAAUCUGGUCUCUAUCAUUGGGUUCUCUGACGAGAAAGAUGAAAAGAUCAUCAUAACCACGUAUGAGGCCACUGGAAGUCUGGGGCAGUAUAUAAGCAGCCCCAACCUUACAUGGAAGCAAAGAUUGAGAAUAUGUGUAGGUCUGGCUCAUGCAUUGAGUUACCUCCAUUAUGACGAGGGAUGUGAUUAUGGUAUCAUACACUGUAACAUCACUAGCGACACAAUUCUAUUGGAUGAGAAUGGGGAAGCCAAGUUAUCCGGUUUUGAAUUUUCCAUAAAACAAUCUGUAAAUUAUAAGGACCAGGUGUGCCCUUGUGAACACACUGGCACAAUGGGGUGUGUGGACCCCGCAAUUGAAAAGAUGGGAGGUGUGACCCACAAGUCGGACAUUUACUCAUUCGGUGUUGUUUUAUUCGAAAUUUUGUGCGUGAGGAAAGCAUUAAUUCAUAACGAGGCUGAUAGGUCUCUACCUCAGUUGGUCAAGCAUCAUUUUGAAAAAGGAACAUUGCAUGAUAUAAUCCAUCCUCAUCUAUUAAAUCAAAUAUUGUCUCCGCAAUCACUCCUCAUAUACUCCAAGGUAGCAUAUUCUUGCUUAAAUGAUGAUCGAGCACACCGCCCAGAUAUGCACUAUAUUGUGGCUAAACUUGAGAAAGCAUUGGAAGUUCAGUUGCGUCGUGAAAAUAUUGAAAAGAAUUGGAAACACUUAAAGAUUCGUCUGAGUGAUAUAAAAUUAGCAACUAAUGAUUUCUCAGAGACAUACAAAAUUGCAUCUUGGGAUGGCUGUACUUUGUACAGAGUAGAACUCGACCACUUUGAUGAAGAAAAUCCGUCAUCCGAAAAGGGGAAGGACAAAGGAGGACAUCCCAAUGGACACAACACUGUAGUUAUAAAACGGUACCCUUCUGGACAUGAGCUGUACGGGGAUGAAAAGUUUUUUACAGAAAUUGAAAUGCUUAUGAGUGUUAAGCAUCCAAAUAUAGUCAGUCUACUUGGAUUUUGUGUUGAAGAUACUGAGAUGAUUGUUGUCACUGAAAAUGCUUCUAAUGGAUACCUCAAUGACUAUUUGGGUAAUGCCAAUGAUAUGCGUAUUUUGACAUGGGAAAAACGUUUGAAAAUAUGCAUUGAUGUUGCACACUCAUUGAAGUACCUUCACUAUGAGAUGGAAGACCAAAAGGUGAUAAUACACCGUGAUAUAUGGAGCAACAACAUUGUAGUAGACGAGAAUUGGGGGGCAAAGAUUGGUGGCUUUAAAGACACCGUAUUCCUGCCUCCAAAUCAAGAAGACGAAGCUCUCUAUAUCAACGGGCUUGGCAGACGUAGCUACAUUGAUCCAGAGUAUAAGAAGACUAAUAAGUUAAAAAGAGAAUCAGAUGUUUAUAGUUUUGGAGUUGUAUUGUUUGAAAUUCUAUGUGGGAGGGGAGCCGAUGACUCAAUUUACCUGAAGGAGAAUAUCAGAGGGUUAGGCCCUAUGGCAAGACAAAGCUUCCGCUUAGGAACUCUAGAGGACAUGAUAGAUCCUAUACUAAAGGAAGAAACCAGUGAAAACAAUUUUGCUCUAAAAAGUGGACCCAACAAGGACUCUUUACACACUUUCAUGAAAAUUGCACAUCAAUGUGUGGCAAAAACUCAAGACCAACGUCCUACAAUGAAAAUCGUUGUCAAGGAACUUGAGAAAGCAUUAUCAUUUCAAUUGAAUUCAAAGGUUAAAUCUGAUUAUGUGGAGGAGAAGAGUCAUGCUUCCAUAAUUGAGACACAAGUAGUUGAGCUUUCUAGUGAAUUGAACAAUAUGAACAUAACUAGAAAAUCUGAAAAUCCUGAAAUUCAUAACAAGGAAAAGAUGUUACAUGACCAAACCGAUGACCCAGCAAAACCUGACUGUUGAAGUCAGACUCUCAGGAAGCUGCUACACCUUCUUGGCCAAAUAUGUCAGAAACAAAUUCACAAAUAUGAAAAGGAGGCUAAGUUGCAGGUGCUUUUGGUUGUUGUAUUUGGUGGGAUCUGCUGGAUAACGGUUUGCGUUCAAACAAGUCAUGUUUAAUAUAGGUUUAAACACGCUGGGUGGAUUGAGUUGGACUUUUUUUGCAUAUAUCUUAAUUUGUUUGUAUAAGUGAAUGUCAUGUUGAUGCUUCUCUAGUUCUUUCUUUACUUGUUUACGUUGGUAAUUUUAGCGUUAUUGAAUUAACUUGUCGACUAA